CAAUUUUAUUCACAUCAACUGCAAUGCAACAGAACAACCACUAGAUGUCACUAUUUCAGAAUGUAUAGAGCGUGAAUGAGUGAAUGCCUGAAUGAAGUGUGAAGUUCUUUGGAGUCCUCUGGACUUCAAGUACAAGCCAUUAACCAUUUAGUAGCCGCCAUCUCUGUAAACAAUUUGUUUAUCAUCAGACACCUUCAAAGACACAUAGAUUACCACUUACCCUCCAGUCGUAGCUGAAUCCUGAUCCUGAAAAGUGAACUCCCUUCCACACUCAUGUUUGUAUGUUUCAUUGUUUUGACAUCUGUGAGUAAACCUUAAAACCUGUAUUGUCUUCUUUAUAGUAUUCGUCAUUUUAAAUAAAUGGACAAUAAAUUGUUAAAGAAUAUGUUAAUUUUGCAAAAUCACAAAUUCAUUACAGGGCAUGAGAAUAGAUGAAUGAUUUGAGGGUUUUAAAUUAUUAUAACUACUCAAUAUUUACAAUGAUGGCUUGUAAAACAAAUUUUGUGAAUAUUUUAUACUUUUUGGUGAUCAGGGUUAAAAUCUGCUCUUGAUAUUUAACACAGCACACAAUGAAAAGCUUUUUUUUAUUUAAUCUUCAUUCUAGGUGCUAUGCUACAAUUGUAAAUAUGGAGAAAUGCUAAAUAGAUGAGGAAGUCCGGUCUAAAUUUCAUUUUCACUCGGUCAACUAUUUACUUGCUGUCAGUUUGUCUUUCUUACUUUCUGCUGAUGUCUUGUUCCUGUUUCAUGAAAAAUACAACUGAAUGUAGUUCAAAAGUUCUUCCUGUUGCAGCAGUGUUGCAACCUGUCCAACUGCAUCAGGACAACCGUUUAAAAUCUGUGUAAAAAGCACUACUGCAGAUGGAACUAGAUUCUGUCUGAAAACAUCUGAACACAAGAUUAAGAUAUUCUGAUGCUAAAAAUUUAAGAAUUCCCCCAUUCAGGCUGGGAAUUAUGGGGAGACUUGAAGUUUGCUAAUGUCAGGUUCCUGGUGUAUUGGUGUUUUCCUGCUGAAGUUAUUUCACCUGAUUUUGGGGUCUUUAUGGAGCAGUUGACCUGACUUUGCUUGAUAGUCAAUCCUUCUGGUUGAAUAACCCUGAAUUUGAGCUCCUUGAGUAUCUCUUUGAGGAAGUUUCUUCUGACUUGCCUAGGUUUGUUUUACUCCCUGUGCUAUCUUCACUUUUCAAGCAGAAAUCACUGCUGAGUUUCAUCACCAAACUCUGGAUCUGUCCACCAGAAACCAGUCAGUGAUCUUCUGAUGUUUGCUGCUCCACCAUCUACAGCUGCCAUCUGCCUGUCCCUUCUCCAACAUCCUCUGUUCAUUACUAUCUCCAUCUCACAAUCAGUUUCUCAACUGCAAAGACCGUCCUGAGGUACAAGUCCUUGGAAAACUCCAUCACCCACUACACCAUUGCCUGAAUAACAUCCCAUCCUCAAUGCCAGCCUCCAAUCCUAAUGUAACCUCAUUCUCCUUAAUUAUUUUCUCAUUGACUUGCUGUUCUAAUCACACCUGUCCUCCCAAACAUUACUGUUAUCAAGACCUGUAAUCUUCUCUUUCAUGCACAACCUCCGUUUUUAUUCAUCUAGUAUGUAAUUCUCCAUGCGGUCAGGAAACUACCCAGAAAAAAGAAAACUGAAUUUUCAUUUCGGAACACAACAAUAGUGUAUGUGACAACAACCCCUAGGAAUCCCAAACUGGGGCUCAACAUAUUUAUCAGAACAGUUUUUAAAUUGUGAAAUAAAGGAAUUGUAAAUAUAUAAUUCUUAACUUUAUCAACAGUGUGUCCUUGAGGAUUCGGUCACAUGCCUUUUAUUUUUUUUUUCUACUGGGACUUUUUUUUAAACUAAAUUCAAGAAGCCUCAUGCAUGCCAUUCCUAAGGUCAUAUUUCAUUUUGCAUCUGUCAGCUUUUUGGUUAGUUUCUCCUUUCUCAGUUUUUAGUUCCACAUUCUGUCUGCACUACUGUAGAUGUGAGCCAUAAAAUUUUAAACAACCAUAAUAUGGCUUCUGUGACUCACUGAUUUAUGAAACAUCACAGAAAUAACUACUGAGGAAAAUAAGGUGUGGAUGUCUUUGACAAAAGGCUCUAAACUUUCAUUAUUCAAAGAUGGUUGGACUUGUGAUUUUUCUUCUCCUCAUUGGCUCGUCACUGCAUGGUGUCCUGUGCAGUACGUUUCAGGUGUCCUUGGUGCAAACUGUACAGGUUUUGAGAGGAUCGUGUGUGACUGUCCCCUGCUCCUUUGACAUACCGAGCAAAUAUGAAGGCAACCUAAAUGAACAAUGUGAAGCAAAAUGGGUUGACAAGGAUAAAAGGAAUCCACAAUUGACAGAUACAAAUGCAGUGGCAGGAGACCUAACAAAGAAAAACUGUACCACCACUUUUAGCAACAUGCAACCUGAUCAUAGUAAUACUUACUACUUCAAACUGGAUUGCAGCAGUUCUCUAAGAGAAACAUUUACCACGGCUGCUGUGACUCUCACAGUCACAGAUGAUCUUCCAUCACCAACUCUGACUCCAUCCACACUGGAGGUGAAUGAUGGAGACUCGGUGAAUCUGACCUGCUCUGCUCCGGUUCCCUGUCCGUCUCAUCCUCCAAAUCUGACAUGGACCCCCACACUGGGUUACAGUCAGGAGACACUGCAAGAAAACCAGGACAAAACGCUUGUUAAGACCUCUGUUCUGAACUUCAAUGCUUCCUACCUCCAUGAUGGAGAGAACAUUUCCUGCACAUCUGUGUAUAAGAAACAAGAUGGAAGCGCUGAUGCCUCAUUUUCCACAACAGCAAAUAUUUUGUGCAGAAGCUGUGGCCAGUUUGAAAUCUCUCUACCACAGACUGUACAAGUCCUGAGAGGAUCCUGUGUCACCGUCCCCUGCUCCUUUGACCUAAAGAGAAAAUAUGAACAAUAUUUAAAUGGAGGAUGCAGAGCUCUGUGGGUUUACCCAGACAGCAGGGACCCAAGACUAACAGAUACAAACCCAGUGACAGGAAACUUAACAGAGAAAAACUGCACCACCACCUUCAGCAACAUGCAGAGUCGCCAUACCAACACCUAUAACCUUAGGCUGGAUUGUAAUGGUCUCAAAUACACUUUUACAACAGCAAGUGUAAAAAUUGAAGUCAAAGAUGAUCUUCCUCCACCAACUCUGACUCCUUCCACAUUGGAGGUGAAUGAUGGAGACUCAGUGAGUCUGACCUGUUCUGCUCCGGUUCCCUGUCUGUCUCGUCCUCCAAAUCUGACAUGGACCCCCACACUGGGGCAGAGUGAGGAGACACUCCAGGAGAAUCAGGACAAAACUCUGGUCAAGGUCUCUGUUCUGAACUUUAAUGCUUCUUACCUUCAUGAUGGAGAGAAAAUCAGUUGCAACGCUGUCUACAAGAAACAAGAUGGAAACUCUGAUGCAACUUUGACCUCAACAACAACAACUAUUUCGUGCAGAAGCUGUGGCCAGUUUGAAAUCUCUCUACCACAGACUGUACAAGUUCUGAGAGGAUCCUGUGUCACCGUCCCCUGCUCCUUUGACCUAAAGAGAAAAUAUGAACAAUAUUUAAAUGGAGGAUGCAGAGCUCUGUGGGUUUACACAAGUAGCAGUGACCCAAGACUAACAGAUACAAACCCAGUGACAGGAAACUUAACAGAGAAAAACUGCACCACCACCUUCAGCAACAUGCAGCGUCGCCAUGCCAACACCUAUAACCUUAGGCUGGAUUGUAAUGGUCUCAAAUACACUUUUAAAACAGCAAGUGUAACAAUUGAAGUCAGAGAUAAUUUCCCCCCACCAACUCUGACUCCAUCCACAUUGUUGGUGAAGAACGGAGACUCCGUGAGUCUGACCUGCUCUGCUUUGGUUCCCUGUCUGUUUCAUCCUCCAAAUCUGACCUGGACCCCCACAUUACAUAACAGUCAGGUGACACUGUUGGAGAAUCGGGGGAAAACUCCCAUGAGGAUAUCGGUUCUGAACUUCACUGCUUCUCGUCAGAAUCAUGGACAAAUCUCCUGCUCUGCUGCCUACCAGAAACAAGAUGAAAGCCGUGCUGUAACCUUUUCCACAAGAGCAAAUAUACAAUGCCCUGAAUGUGACAAGUUUGAGAUCUCUCUGCCGCAGACUGUACAAGCUAUGAAUGGGUCCUGUGUCACUAUUCCAUGCUCCUUUGAGAUGCAAAGAGAACAUGAAAAAAACUUGCACGGGGAAUGCAGAGCUCUGUGGCUUUACACAGAUAGCAGGGACCCAAGACUAACAGAUACAAACCCAGUUACAGGAAACUUAACAGAGAAAAACUGCACCACCACCUUCUAUAAUGUCCAGCCUAAUCAUUCCAACGUAUAUUACUUUAGACUGGAUUGCAAAACUACAAAAUACACAUUUAAAGAAGCAAGUGUAAAAAUUGAUGUCAAAGAACAUUUUCCCCCACCAACUCUGACUGUCUCCAUACUGGAGGGGAAGGAGGGAGACUGGGUGAAUUUGACGUGCUCUGCUCCAUCUCCAUGCCUGACUCAUCCCCCAACUCUGACAUGGACCCCCAAAAUGGGGGAUGUUAUGGAGACAAUGCAGAUGAGCCCAAAUAAAUCUACAGCUAAGACCUCUGUCCUGAGUUUCAUUGCUACCAAUCUCCAUCACAGACAGAACAUCUCCUGUACUGCUACUUACAAGAUGGGGAAUGGAAACCCUGACUCAUCACUUACUACAAGUUUGAAAACAGAUAUUUUGUUUCGUCCAAGGAUCCUGCCCUCUUCUAGUUGCAUCAAAACAACAAGUCAAAUCAACUGUUCAUGUGAAAUUGUGGGAAACCCUCCGAUCUUGCAGUGGUUUUUCAAUGAGCAACCUGUCAACCAAUCUGGGAAGGUUUACGCUAUCAGUGACUCUCUAAAUGACACGUAUCUGAGGAGCAUCAUCAUCGUGAAUCAGCUGCAGGAGAGCAACUUGUCGUCAUUGCUCUGCUUCAGCUUCAAUUCAUUGGGAUCAGGCAGUAAACAGCUUUUUAUCAACUCACCUCAGAUUUCAGCAGAAAAUCAAGUCCCUCCAAGGAUCCUGCCCUCUUCUGGUUGCAUCAAAACAACAAGUCAAAUCAACUGUUCCUGUGAAAUUGUAGGAAACCCUCCAAUGUUGCAGUGGGUUUUCAACGGGCAAAUUGUCAACCAAUCUGGGAAGGUUUUUGUCAUCACUGACUCUUUGAAUGGCACAUAUCUGAGGAGCACCAUCAGUGUGAAUCAACCACAGGAGAGAAACUUGUCCUCCUUAUUCUGCUUCAGCUUCAAUUCUUUGGGAUCAGACAGUAAACAACUUUUUAUCAACUCGCCUCAGAUUAUAGCAGAAAAUCGAGUUCCUCCAAGGAUCCUGCCCUCUUCUAAUUGCACCAAUGCAGCAAAUAAAAUCAACUGUUCAUGUGAAACUGUGGGAAACCCUCCAAUGUUGCAGUGGCUUUUCAAUGGGCAACCAGUCAGCCAAUCCAAGGUUUUUGUCAUCACUGACUCUUUGAAUGGCACAUAUCUGAGGAGCACCAUCGCUGUGAAUCAGCUGCAGGAGAAAAACUUGUCCUCAUUGGUCUGUUUUAGCUUCAAUUCAUUGGGAUCAGACAGUAAACAGCUUUUUAUCAAAUCCCCUCAAGUUUUGGCAGAAAAUCGAGGUAAAGGGCAGAUUUCUGUGUUCAUCAGCACAACUGUCAUCUUACUCGUUGUAGUGUGUGUCUUGCUGUUUGUUAUCAGGUUUCAGAAGACUUACCAUGAUCCUCCAUACAAUAUAUUUGGAGGCAAAAGGACGAAGGUACAAAACAAAAGUGAAGAUGACAUCAGUAUCAAGGCAGUCGGGUCCUUUAUGCAAAUGGGAAGCCUAAAUGAUGACGUUGAUGAUUUGUUGUAGUUUUUAUACAGAAGAAAAAGAAGUCUGGCAUUAGGAAUUAUCUGCCAACAUUUAUAGAUAAAGGAACUUUCUACUUAUGUGGUCACAGAGCAGCAGUUUUUCCUUCUAAAGGUAAAUUGCCAUUGGGAUUCAUAAUUACAUUAUAAUUCACCACUCAUUGUUAUUGUUGGGACUCAAGAUCAAAAUUAAUCACCAUGAUUUAGUGGCAAUGAACAACAUAAAGCUGGUAUUGUUGUUUAUAAAAACAGUCCUGAUUUUUUUAAGUGAGACUCUAAUUAUCUCUCUUUAUCUCUCUAGACACAAGUAAAUAUUCUUGCAGACUUCUGCUGCUUAAAUGUAAAUUUAAUGAUUGUGGUUUUAUGGCAGUUUGCAGGAUUUGGGAACACAUCUUUAUUUAUAUUUGUACUCUUGCUCUAAAUCUUAGCUGUUGUAGCCUGUUGUCAUUUACAUGUUUGUUCUUCCAAAAAGAAAGAAUCUUGCUGAAUAUUACAUCUUGCUAGAAUUGUUUCCAGGUUUAGAUUUUGGUGUCACUACAACAAAUAAUUACAUCAUAAAUGCAUUUGCUUGAAUCAUACUUGACCAUUUCAGGGUCAGUUUCAUUAUUUUGCCACCAGUGCAAAAUGGUGGCAAAACUGCAGAGUUUUUUCUUCAAAGAUUGUAAAAUAAUGAUUGGUUUCCCCUCUAUUUCUGCCUAAUCCACAUAAUUGUAUACUUUAUUUUCAGAAUUAAUGCCACAAUCCUUCAAUGCUAGAUUUUCUUUUCUUUUGUGUUUAUAUUUUAAUUAUCUCCUUAUUCUUCAGUCCCUAUCAGUUCAUACCUUUAUACUUAGUUUCUUUAUUUUUUUCUCCUUCUCAUAGUAAGAUUUGAUUACACAAAAUGAUCUUGUUUUGAAGGUAGCACCUGUUACACAGUUAUCUUUGAAUCUUCUGAUUUUAUCUUGUCUGUACAAAGGUGAGUUAAAGCAACUUGUGUAUCAAAUCCCAAAAUUUAUGCUGUACAUAACAAAAGUCCCAAUAAAGUCAUGUGACUCUUGUAGAA